AUGCGACGUACUAUUGAAGAGAACGGGUUAAUGGCGGGCACGGUUCAGAGUAUAAUUACAGGCCGCUCUCGCGAGCGUCCCCAACGUCCAGAAACUGUCGUGCUAAAGUGUCCUUAUCCUGUUGUUCACUAUAGUGUCACCGUCUACCCGUUGUCUUAUGGAAGAUGUCACGUGAUACGAGGAAGUAUUGUGCUGGAGGUGAAGAUCCUCUUCCCGCUCUUCCGCGUCUACGCCUCCGACAACCUCAACCUGGAGAUCCAGUUCAUGUACGAGAUGGAGGUCCCACGGAAGAUUCCGGGCUUAGCCAAGGAGGAGGAGGAGCACUGGGAGGAGGCCGUAGGCACCAUGGCUAACGAUCUGGAAGGUCUAGUAUCCAUGCUUGGAGUGGACGGAGGCGGUUGUGUCAGGAAGGCUCUGUGUGAGCUGUCAGCCGUGCCGUCCAUCUCACCAGAAGGGCUCACGGGCGAGAUGCUCCAGCUGUUUGUCAGACACCUGAGGAAUCAAGACAUGAAGAAGGUUUUCGAAGAAGAAGAAGAAGAGAGUGCAUACGAUAAUGUGGAUGAUGAGAGUGGAGGUGAGGAAGACGGAGAAGAGAAGAGCCCGGGUGAGGGGCAGACGGAGGCGGUCAGUGAAUGGGACAUGUAUCGGAAUGGGAAUGAGACACGUGAGUCUGGAAAUGAGAGAGUGGAGAGUGAAACGGAGAAGCCAAAGGAGAGAAGAAAGGAAAACAGAAGAAAUAAAAAUCCCAAGGGGACGAACAAGAGAAGACAGGGAAGAAGUGUUGACGGAGAAGAGACAGAGGGAGACGAGGAGGCAGAGAAGAGGCAGAGACAGAGGAGGAGGAAGUGGAAGAGGACCAAGAGAGACUACACAGCCGCCACCUUACACGGCAAGACCCACGGAAACUGUCGGGACGCCUUCCCAGAGUGCCCCGUCUCGCUCCUCCAGCUCCUGUCAGCAGGACAGAGACCGUCUCCCGCUACCCCGGCACCCGACAGUUCCCCCACCGACCCACCGGGGAUGUAGUGGUGAGCGCGCUCGACCUGAAAAUGAGGGGACAUGGGUUCGAACCCUGCAUGCGCUCCUCCGCCACCACCGCGCACCAAACGGUGACAGGGAGC